GCCAUGCUGCUGGACCAACUUCCUGCUGAGCUGACCACAGUGGUAUAUGGGUUCCUGCUUCUUCCAUUCCAGAUCCAGGGCCAGGACCCAGCCAGCCCCAUCAGAACCACACACACCGGGCAGGUACAAGGCAGCCUUGUCCAUGUGAAUGACACCAAUGUAGCAGUCCACACCUUCUUGGGCAUUCCCUUUGCCAAGCCACCUAUAGGACCACUGCGGUUUGCCCCUCCAGAGCCCCCUGAACCAUGGAGUGGUGUGAAGAAUACCACCUCCUACCCAGCCAUGUGUCUGCAAGAUGCUAGUUCAAUUAAUACACUGAUUACGAUUAUCUUGAACCUCAAUAUACCUCCCUUCUCCACAUCUGAAGACUGCCUUUACCUCAAUAUCUAUUCACCUGCCAGUGCCAAUGAGAGCUCUGCCCUACCUGUAAUGGUGUGGAUCCAUGGUGGUGGACUGGUUACAAAUGCAGCUUCCUUGUUUGAUGGAUCCAGGCUGGCAGCCACUGAGAAUGUGGUGGUGGUCACCAUCCAGUACCGCCUGGGAGUCCCAGGCUUCUUCAGCACUGGAGACCAGCAUGCCACUGGCAACUGGGGCUUCCUGGAUCAAGUGGCCGCCCUACGCUGGGUCCAAAAGAAUAUCGCCCACUUUGGAGGCAACCCCGACCGUGUCACCAUUUUUGGCGAGUCUGCAGGUGGCAUGAGCAUAUCUUUACAUGUCGUGUCCCCCAUGUCCAGAGGACUCUUCCAUGGGGCCAUCAUGCAGAGUGGAGUGGCCCUGGCACCUGGCUUAAUCACCAGCUCCUUUGAGGAGAUUGUCAAGAUGGUGGCCAACCUGUCUGCCUGUGAGCAGGUGGACUCAGAGGCCCUGGUGUGCUGCCUAAGGGGCAAGAAUGAAGAGGAAAUGCUGGCUAUUACCAAGUCCUCCCCAAACACAGCUGGUGUGGUGGAUGGGGUCUUCCUACCCAGGCAACCCAAGGAGCUACUGGCCUCUGCUGACUUCUACCCAGUUCCCAGCAUCAUUGGUGUCAACAAUGAUGAGUUUGGUUGGCUCCUCCCCAUGGUCUCAGGAUUUGCUGACACCAUAAAGGGAAUAAAUAGACAGACCUUACCAGCUAUUAUGAAAAAUACAGUAAGACUCAUGAACUUGCCUGCUGAGUGUGCUCACCUGCUGAUGGAAGAGUACAUGGGGGACACUGAGGACACCCAGACCCUCCAAACCCAGUUCCAAGACAUGAUGGGGGACUUCAUGUUCGUGAUACCUGCACUGCAAGUAGCACAUUUUCAGUGUUCCCAUCCCCUCGUCUACUUCUAUGAGUUCCAACAUCCUCAUGGCCUGAUACAGAGCCUCAGGCCUCCACAUGUGAGAGCCGACCAUGGCGAUGAGGUUGACUUUGUCUUCGGGUCUUCCUUUUGUGGCAGCAGCCCUGGCUUUUCUGAGGCAGAGGAGCUCCUGAGCAGGAGGAUGAUGAAGUACUGGGCCAACUUUGCCCGGAAUGGGAACCCCAACAGCGAGGACCUGCUCCAUUGGCCCAUGUUUGACCAGAAUGAGCAGUACCUACAGCUGGACAUCCAUCCUGCAGUGGGCCAGUCCCUGAAGGCCUCCAGGCUGAAGUUCUGGACCAAGACCCUGCCCCAGAAGAUCCAAGAACUCAACGGGGCCUCACAUCUGAGUAGCCUCUCCCACUCCAGAUCCGGCGUGAGACUUUGCCGGGGGCCUGUGGAAGAGAAGGCAACAGGGUAA